GCCACCGGACACGUGAUAUCAGGAAGAUGGCCGCCCUGACAGCUGAAGACUUCGCCGCGCUUCAGAAUCUGCUGAAGGCAUCCUCAAAAGAUGUUGUCAGACAGCUAUGUCAAGAGAGCUUUUCCAUUUCGGCCAUUGACUCAAAAAAUCUCUUGGAUAUUACGUGUUCCAGCUUGUCUGUGACCCAGGAAGAGGCAAAGCAAUUACUCCAGGCUCUGCAUCACCUCACUAGGCUGGUGACAUUCCGUGACCUGUCAUCCUCUGAAGCAAUCCUGGCUCUCUUUCCAGAAAAUUUCCACCAAAACCUCAAAAACCUGCUGACAAAAAUCAUCCUAGAACGUGUGUCUUCAUGGAGAACAGAAGCGCAAGCAAAUCAGAUUUCUCUGCCACGCCUUGUUGACCUGGAUUGGAGAGUGGAUAUCAAAACCUCCUCAGACAGCAUCAGUCGCAUGGCUGUUCCUACCUGCCUACUCCAGAUGAAGAUUCAGGAAGAUCCCAGUCUGUGCGGAGACAAACCCUCCAUCUCUGCUGUUACCAUGGAGCUGAGCAAAGAAACACUGGACACCAUGUUAGAUGGGCUCGGCCGCAUCCGAGACCAGCUUUCUGCUGUGGCCAAUAAAUCAUGAGACCAGCUGCAGGUACCACUGCUUGCCCCAGGGGCUGGUCCUUGAAAAAGCUCACCCUACCAUGCAGCCUGCUGUGCAGGGGGCAGGAGAGUGGGAUGGAGGGGCCAGAUGGACUGUGAAGAAACAGCUGGGUCCCUUGCUAUUCUCCCCUUUAGUCUUCCUAAGGCUGACACACAGAGGCCUCCAUCUUUAAAGGCACCCGUGUGCAUCUUCAUGACUGCUGUAGCCGGAAGAAGGAACGUGUACUACUUCUUCAGCUGUCUCCACAUAGCCAUUUGGUGAACUCAGGCUGAAACUCCUGGGCUUACCGCAUGAGUUUACUGCUGACAGUAACUCUGAUGAGUUCAUUUCAAGCCCUGGAUCACAGGAAGAAUCAGGCUGGUGGUGCCAGCAAUGCCUGCUUAUCUGUCAGAGAAGCCAGGCAAAUGCCACAGAGACUGGCCACUACUACCUGGGCCUUCAGGCCCUGCUGGACCACCUUCCUGAUCCAGAAGUUCGAAACACUGCUGAGUGAAGAAGUGGGAAUGAUCGGAAAUAAAUACAAGUCUUAUGAUUCUA